AUGGCGCCGAUUCGCAUCCUCAUUGUGAAUCCGAAUACGACGCAGUCUAUGACGGACGCGCUGCGUCCUUUGAUAGACCGCCUGGGGUACAAUGAUACCGAGUAUACCUACUGGACGGCGCCCGAGGGGCCGCCCAGCAUUAAUAACGGCACUGACUGCCAAGAGUCGAUGGUCAAGUCGCUCCCGCACCUCGUUCCGCUGCUUGCCGCGCACGACGCCGUGCUCGUGGCAUGCUACUCGCCCCAUCCGCUCGUCGACGCGCUGCGUGCCGAGAUCACGAAGCGGAGCGACCGCUUCCCCAAGCCCGUGAUUGGCAUUCUCGAGGCAUCAGUAACAGCAGCGCUCAAUGUACUCGAGUCCAAGGAAGCCUUUGGCGUCGUAUCCACAGGAAAGGUAUGGGAACACUUGAUCGGCGCGCGGAUCGGCGAGAUGCUCGGCGCGACACCGACGUCGGCGUCAGGCGCAAACGACUCGGCGCCUUUUCGCACACCCAUAUUCGCCGGCGUCGAGACCACUGGACUCAACGCGACCGAGCUGCACGACGCCGAUCAAGACCUCGUCAAGAACAAGGUCCAGGAAGCUACCAGGCGGCUCGUGCAAGGCGAGCAGAAAGUGCGUACGGUUGUGCUGGGGUGCGCAGGUAUGGCCGCAAUGGAAGAGUGGAUUCGCGAGGUGGUCGACGCACGUACCUAUGUCAUUGAUGGCGUGCGUGCAGGUGUCGCAGCGCUCCAAAGCACGCUGCGGUGCGCUCAGUAG